CUUAUACGUUUACAAGUUUCCCGCUGUUUCUAGUCCCAUAUACGUUGAGCAGAUUUCAAGGCCCAGAUACCUCGACGCCUGAACGCAAGUUUUGGUAUUAACUGAUUAUUUUGUAAGAGGGAUUAAUCUUGGAAAUGCUGCCAAACUAAACAGAGAAGAAAGAGUGUUGUCACUUCUAAAGAGCGGACGCAAUUGAGUGAGUCUUGGAUCGUGGGCAGAUUAAAAAGACAACUCAUUUUAGGACUCUUCUGGACGGCAUAGUCUUAAAGUGAUCUUCACUGCUUGUUAAGGACAAGUUGAGCAAACAUGUCAUUAAGCCCAAGUCCUACCGGUUUUAUUCAUGACACCACAAGGCGAAGAGUAAUAGGAAGGGAAACAAGCAAUGUGCUGACUCGAACAUCGCUGUCAGAGUCAAUGGGAGAGUUUACUUCGAUGACAAAAACUCUUCCCGUCGAUGUUUUAUCUUUCGACCGGAAGACUAUAGCAAAAAGUUCCAUGAUAAUAACUCCUUCUUCGUCUAUUUAUAACGAGUCAAAGAUUCAGGACUUUGCAACGCAACAUCGCGAAGGUUUACCAGGUGAAAUAUUGGCCGGAAGCGUGGCAGGUGGAUUGACAGUUCUGAUUUUAAUUGGUUUACUUUUGUUGGCGGUGAUUUUAAAACGUCGAAAAGCUGGCGGAUUAGUCGUUGCCCAAAGUAACACAGAAGCCUCUUUCGACAAUCUUGGAUUCAACGGUGGCCGGAAAAUUUCCGAGUAUAUGGAUCUGAGCGAGCUGGAAUUAGUCAGAGUCAGAAUAACCAACACUGUGAAGAGAAAGAUGUCUGCUUUCACCAAAGACAAUCAGAAAACUAGUCGAGUGUCCUGUGGUCGGUUGGACCUGGUUGAGGUCCCUGUGAACUCAAACAUUGAUGAUGAUAUACUUUUGACAGCUUGGGUGUAGCAGACAAAGUAGUUUUUGAGGAAGUAAACAUUAAAUAUAGAAUCUUUUGCGCGUAAAAUUGCUUUAUUAGCUUUCUAGAGCAAAGAUGAAUGACCACAACGGUUUCUGUUUCCUUGGUUCUGUAAUUUAGAGCUAAAAUAAAAACAGGAAGGCCGCUCAACAACAUCCCUCCCAUUCUCUUUUUUUCUUCGCAUCGAGUCGCGUGGACGCGAAUGCGAGGCCAAGGCCAGAUCGCGUGCGAGAGAAGGAGCGCAGAAAAAUAUUUUCGCGCGACUCAUUCCUCGCGCUCGUAUCGCGUUCUCCCGAGAAAGUAAAGGAAGGCCUUGUUGUGCUUGCUGCGCAAACUGCAUGAAGCAAAACUGCGAAAAUUUGGAUCGGAGUAAUAAUAAUUGUGCGAAAAAGUAUCAAAUAGUGAAAUAUCAAGACGACAAGCAGAGGCUUUUUCUUGGUGUUUUCUUUAGAAGCUACCAAACCGCCACAAAUUGAACAUAACCUCGUUGACUUAUGGCUUAAUCGAGAAAAAUUUUUGUAAGCAAGCUUGUUUCAAAUAAAUAGGUUAAGUUAUAGGGUUUAACACUGAUCUCUUUUGAGAAUCUCCUUUAGGUUCACCAACGAUUAAGCUAUGUUCCUGUUUGCAAAAGUUGCCAAAUAUUUCUCUGCCCUUUAACAGUAAAAUCCUUAGAGUUGCCUAUUAAAUUAUGUCUUUAGACAGUACCAUAUGUGUAUCUUUUGAAAAAAUUCAAAUCUCACAAUAAAAAAAAAAUGGUACCAAGCUUUGUCCAAUUGAAAUUUCCUGCUUUCUGGAGUUGAAUAAAAUUUUACACUACUGGGACUGUUUGAGCAACUCAUUAGAGCAUGACUGGCCUAUUGUUACCUUGGAAACCAUAACAACAACAACAACAACAACAAGCCUUUAUUUCAUCUCGAAUUUAAAAUAGCAAAAAUAACAUGCUAAUAUCUCCAAGAAAAUAAAUAAAUAAAUAAAAUGAAUUAAUUGAAUUAGAUGAAUUAGAUAAAUACAUAAGACACAAUAUAUGCAAUUAAGUAAUUGAUACAAUAGGAUAAACAUUUAAACUAUUUACAGAAUGGACAGCAGUCAGUAUCAAAUUCAAAAUUACGAACAGCCAAUUUAAAAGCUCCAACUGUUGGCCUGGUUGUGUUGUGUUGGGUUGGGAAGGGAGUUCCAUAGUUUGCUACCAUAGUGAGAUAAAGAGUGCAGGCCACAUGUAGUUGACAGGAGGGAUAAAAAGAGAAUGUACACCACUAGUACGUAGAUUGAUGCUGUGGGUUUUUGGACUAAACAUAUUGGUAAUAUAUUCCGGUGCCAGCCCAAUAAGAGAUUUGUAUA